AUGGGUGCGACGUCGUCGUCGUUCCCGGCACUCCCGGGCCCGCCGCGGCCUGAACAUGCGCCGCCGGCACUGCGGGCACGUCUGCUGGGCCUGCUGACACAGGUCGAUGUCUUCCUCACCGAGGCCGACACGCUACUGAUUCCGGCAGAUGAGCCGAGGAGUCCUGGUGGGACUCCGUUGCGUAAGCCCUCGGCAAGGGCUCCAUCUGUACUUGCUGUCUUCGUCACCGCAGAUAGACCGCACCCGCUCGUCAUUCACUACAUGACUACAGUGCUGAGGGCGUACUUUGGCGGCGGGUCACCGCUCACUGCUCGUCUCGCUGUCGAUGCCCUUGACUCGCUUGCGGCUGUUCUCGAGGCUCUCUCCUCGCAUGUUGCUCCGUCGGAUGCUGUGGCCGCUGCGCUCUCGUCAUCGCCGCUGUCGGACUCGACGGCCGAUGCGGCCUACAUGGGCUCGGCCCAGCUGUGGGCUAUCCUCGCCAAGGUCAAGGCGCUGGCCAAGUCAACGCUGCUGCCCGGCGACGCACCUGAUGCCACCUUGCUCAAGUUUGUGGUUGAGAUGGCACCGGCACUCGCCAGCACCGUCGAGCAGCACGUCUCCGCCCUGCCUUCGGUGCUCGGCUCCUCGUUUGCGCUCGCCCUCCUCCGCGCCUUUCUCGCUGCCCGCAUCCUGGCCAUCACCACCGAGCGCGCCCUCUCCUCACACACAAGCCAUCCGGCCGUCCUCGCCUUUGGCCAUCUCUCCGACAUGUUUGGUGAGCACUCGCUUGUUUCUACCCCGAUUCUCAUGCAUGUGCAGGCCUUUGAGCUCACCAUGUUUGUCACCACAUGGCUCGCCGCCCUCGGCAUCUCUGACUCGCUCCCGCUUCAGUUUGCAGCCCGCUCGACGCAGCUCGCGCACGCUCUCCUCACAGCCAUGUCGGACUUGCCCGAGUGGAACGCGCCCAUGCUCGCCCGCCUCGGCCUGGCACCAACCAAUGUCAUCUCUGUUCUCGCCACCAUCCCGCCGCUGGUAGCCACCCCCACCCGGGCCUAUGUCUUUGCCAUUGCUGGUCGCCUCCUCAUUGGCUCGUCGCCUGCGGCUUUUUCUGGCGGCCUCAUCGAGGUCAUGGCCUUGGCCACGAGGCUGCCCUCGCACGUCGCCUCGCGCCUCCGAGCCCUCGUCUCUCAAGCCCGCGCCCUGCCGUCGUUCCCCAACCAUCCGUUUGUACCCUUUCUCAACGGUCUCUCAGCCGCGUAUCCUGCCCUUGACGAUAACGAGAACUACCAGCGCGUCGCGCGCGCCCUGCACGGCGUCUCGGUUGCUUCGGCUACCCACGUCCUCUCCCUUGCCGACGAGCUCCGCCAGGCGCUCGCAGCCGAGCGCGUUCCGGCGCACGAUCUCGAUGCCGCCAUUGCCGAGCUCAGCGCCCGCGCCCAACUCGCCACCUCGCUUGUCGACAUCCUUGUCGAGUCGCUCACUCUCCUCCCGUCGCGCCCAAUGCCUAGCGCCUGGCUCACCUCGCUGGUGGCGGACUUUUGUAAUGUCAUGGCCCUUCAUUUUGACUUUAUUCAGGAGAACGACGCCAUUAGGAUGAUGGCCGCCGUCCACACCGGCCUCCUCUUUUCGCACUCUCGCCUCUCAUCGGCGCUCAAGGCUGCGCGCAAGCUUGCCCGUGCCCUGGAAAAGGUAGCUGCUGACGGAGACUUGCCGCAGUACGACGUCUCUGCCCGAGCCCGCGCAGCCUACGGCGCCGCCAUGCUCCGCACUCUUCUUCAUGAUCCGGCACCGCCGCUGUCGCCCGUCGCGCUCCCGGCCCAGUCGCCGCUGCGCAAGUUUGCGGCUGCCACAAUCCGACCCAUGAGCCUGGUGAAGACACACCAGGCUGCCCACGUCGCUCUCCACCUCGCCCUCGCCGAGCACCGCGCCCUUGCGCCAAGCUCAACCGUCUUUGAUGCCGCUACAGAGGAGAGCGAGCUCGCGGCCUCGGCCCGUGCCGAGCGCAGCUCGCACGAUAGCUCGUCCUCUCCGCGACUGGCUUCGCGCUCGGAGCUCGACUCACUCGAGGCGCAGCUGACGCACCUCCGCGACGCGCUCGCCGAAGCCGAUGCGCGCAACCGGCGUCAUCUCGAGACCGAAAAGGAGCUGCGCGAACAGCUGGCGGCCGCCCGCUCCGCGGCUGGCCCGUCCGACUUGGCUCUCUUGCCCGAGCCCGAGCCUGAGCCCAAGCUCGAGGGCAAGGCGCAAGCCAAAUCACAUGCUACGACUACCUCUGCCGGCUAUGGACCACUCAAGCUCGGAGACCUAGAGUCAACCGAGCCCGCCGAGCUGCGCGCUCGACUCAAGCAGGCGAUUACGGCCUCCCAGGCUGAACACGCCGAGCUGGAAGCACUCCGCGCCGAGCUCAGUGCCCUGCGGCUCCAGCUCAACUCGGAGAGUGGGGCUGAGAGCGCGGCGUCGCUCCACGGUGCACUCGUUGCUCUGCGCGACCAGGUCCACCUCCUUGAAGAGGACCGCAAGUCCCUGCUGGCCCGCGCCGUGGCUGCCGAGGAUGCCGCCCGGUCAGCCAAUGAGAGCAUGCGGACCGCGUACUCGAAGCUAGAGACUGCCACUGUGUCUCUGGAGGAGAGCCGUCGUGUUUCCAGCGAGCAUGAGCGCGACCUGAGCAGAGCUACUGCGCAGAUCACUACGCUACGGUCUGCUCUCGACCGCGUCCGCGGCGAGUACAAGCAGCUGGCGGCCACGUCGCGGAGUGAGCUGGAGUCGCUCACCUCAGCGUAUCAGGCGACCAAGGCAGCCGAAACGGCAGCCCAGGUUGAGGUCCGCUCCAAGUCGGAGCAACUGCAAGUCCUCACGCUACAGGUAAGCCAGUUUGACUCGUCGCUCACGUCGAUCGAGUCGGAGCUGCGGGCGUCGCUCGCCACCGCUCGUGAAGAGCGCGACAGCGUCGAGGCUCAGCUUGCGGCUGAGCGCAAGGCUCGGACUGCGGACUCCAAGCAUGCCAGCGAACUCGAAGCCAGAGUCGAAGAGCUCGAGCGCGCCCUUGCUGCCGCAGCCGAUGAACAGGCCGUGUUCAAAGCGGAAAGCACGGCUGCGUCCGAGGCUGCCGAGGCGGCCUCGGCCGAGCUCGCCAAGUCUCGAUCUGCGCUCGCCAGUCAGGCAGCCGGUGCCUCGGCCGAAGCCGCCGAGCUGGCAACUCGCCUCGCCACCAAGGACCGCCGGGUUCGCUAUCUUGAGCGUGAACUGGAGACCAGCUCUAUGCGCAGUACCGAGGCAGUGUCCAAGCUCGAGGCACGAAUUGGGGAGCUCGAGCGCGAGCUGGAGUCUGUGGUCUCACUCGCUCGCGAGAGCCGCAAGGAGCUCUCGUCGCAGGUAGCAGAGCUUGAUGCUCAACUGGCGACAGAACGGUCGGGCGCGGAGCCGUACAGGGCGCGCGUGGUAGUGCUGGAGAAGCAGCUUUCUGCCGCGAACGAGAAGCUCCGCAGUGUGGUCCAGGUGCGUGACGAGACGCUGGAGGAGGCGGCUGAAGCAGCUGCCAAGGCAUCGCGGUUUGAAUCCCAGGCACGCUCUAUGGAGGAGAGUUUGGAAGCAGCCGAGGCCCGCGAGGCCGGCCUCCGGACCCGCCUCGCCGCGCUCGAGGAGGAGCGAUUGAGCCGAAGCUCGGCCGCCGCCGACGAGGCAGCAGGCCUGCGCUCGCGGACGUCGAAGCUAGAGGCGGAGCUGGAGUCGGCGUGCCGCGAGCGUGACACGCUUGAUGCGACUCACAAGUCACGCAUCCGCACCCUUGAAUCUGAGCUUGAGGCCGCAAAAGUCAAGGCUAGGUCGGCGGACGCGUCGAUUGCGUCGCUAGAGGCUAAGCUGGAGAAGGCCCAAUGUGACAUUGAGAGCACUACAGCUGGCGCGGAGACUACCGCUUCCGAGAACAAGACACUUUCGGCCAAGGCGGCUAAGCUGGAGGGGCUCCUUGCGGCGGAGACCAACCGCCGCGAGGAGCUCGAGACUGAGGUCACUGCCGCUGCCGAUGAGCUCAAGAAAGUGCAAAGUGAGAAGCACUCGUCGCAAGUCAGCGUCGACGAACUCACGCGCGAGGUGGCAACGCUGCGGGCGGGGCGCGACCGUGCCGAUACUCUUGCGGCCGAAGCUGCAACCGAGGCAGAGACACUCCGUAGUGAGUGCAGCACUAUGCGGAAGGAAAUUGCACUCUUGCGCGUUCGUGUUGACGAGCUGGAGGCUGACAAGCUCCAGCUCGACGCCCGGCUUGGAUCAGCAACAGCAGCCCGCGAUGACGCGACGUCGCGUUUGGCGGCGGCCGAGGAGCGCGAGCGCGAGCUGCGCACCAAGGCUCGAACCGCAAGCAGCGAACUCGAGACUGCGCGUGAUGCCGCCGAAGAAGAAGCGCGGCGUGCGGAGCGGAUUGGGCGCGAGAUGGCUGAGCUCAAGGCUGAUCUUGAGCGGGCUAUGGCGCGUGCCCGCGAGGCUGAAGCCGAAGUUGAGCGCAAGGCGCAGAUUCUCGACUCUGAGACACGGACGACGUCCAAGCACGUGAAUGAGCUCAAGGCCGACCUUGCACGGGCAGCGCGGAAGCAAGCCGAUGAAACUGCGGCGCGCGAGGCGGCGCGCGAGCGAUUGGCAGAAGUCGAAGUCGCGCGCGAUGCUGCCGAGGCUGAGCUGGUGCGGAUCAGGAGGAGUGGCGCCAUGGCGGAGGCCGAGGCUCGCGCAGCCCAGGCUGAUGCCGAGAGGAAAGCCAAGGAGCUUGCUGAGGCCCGGGCCGACGCUGAGAGUAUGGUGAAGGAGCUUGCCAAGGUCAAGCAGACACUCGAGACUGCCCAGGCCGAUGCCGAGGCCAAGGCCAAGGAGCUCGGCGAAGUCAGGCAGGCGCUUGAGGAAGCUCAGACCGAUGCCGAGAGCAAGGCAAAGGAGCUUGUCGAAGCCCAGGCUGACGCAGAGAGCAAGGCGAAUGAGCUUGUCGAAGUCAGGCAGGCGCUUGAGACCGCCCAGGCCGAUGCCGAUGCCAAGGCCAAGGAGCUCGGCGAAGUCAGGCAGGUGCUUGAGACCGCCCAGACCGAUGCCGAGGCCAAGGCCAAGGAGCUUAUCGAAGCCCAGGCUGACGCGGAGAGCAAGGCGAAUGAGCUUGUCGAAGUCAGACAGGUGCUUGAGACCGCCCAGGCCGAUGCCGAUGCCAAGGCCAAGGAGCUUGUCGAAGCCCAGGCUGACGCGGAGAGCAAGGCGAAUGAGCUUGUCGAAGUCAGACAGGUGCUUGAGACCGCCCAGGCCGAUGCCGAUGCCAAGGCGAAUGAGCUUGUCGAAGUCAGGCAGGUGCUUGAGACCGCCCAGGCCGAUGCCGAGGCCAAGGCCAAGGAGCUCGGCGAAGUCAGACAGGCGCUUGAGACCGCCCAGGCCGAUGCCGAGAGCAAGGCGAAGGAGCUUGUCAAAGCCCAGGCUGACGCGGAGAGCAAGGCGAAUGAGCUCGGCGAGGUCAGGCAGGCGCUUGAGACCGCCCAGGCCGAUGCCGAGGCCAAGGCCAAGGAGCUCGGUGAAGUCAGGCAGGUGCUCGAGACCGCCCAGACCGAUGCCGAUGCCAAGGCCAAGGAGCUCGGCGAAGUCAGGCAGGUGCUUGAGACCGCCCAGACCGAUGCCGAGGCCAAGGCCAAGGAGCUUGUCGAAGCCCAGGCUGACGCGGAGGCCAAGGCGAAUGAGCUUGUCGAAGUCAGACAGGUGCUUGAGACCGCCCAGGCCGAUGCCGAUGCCAAGGCGAAUGAGCUUGUCGAAGUCAGGCAGGCGCUCGAGACUGCUCAGACCGAUGCCGAGGCCAAGGUCAAGGAGCUCGGCGAAGUCAGGCAGGCGCUUGAGACUGCCCAGGCCGAUGCCGAGGCCAAGGCCAAGGAGCUUGUCGAAGCCCAGGCUGACGCGGAGAGCAAGGCGAAUGAGCUUGUCGAAGUCAGACAGGUGCUUGAGACCGCCCAGGCCGAUGCCGAUGCCAAGGCGAAUGAGCUUGUCGAAGUCAGGCAGGCGCUCGAGACUGCUCAGACCGAUGCCGAGGCCAAGGUCAAGGAGCUCGGCGAAGUCAGGCAGGCGCUUGAGACUGCCCAGGCCGAUGCCGAUGCCAAGGCCAAGGAGCUCGGCGAAGUCAGGCAGGCGCUUGAGGAAGCUCAAACCGGCGCGGCCAAGGAUCUCGACAAAGCCCGGGCUGACGCGGAUAGCAAGGCCAAGGAGCUCGCCGAGGCCAAGCAGAUGCUUGAGACCGCCCAGGCCGAUGCUGCGGGCAAGGCUGAAGAACUGGCACAAGUCAAGAGCUCUUUGCAAGCGACAGAGUCUUCAGCAUUUGCUGCCAGUCAAGCGAAGAUUGCAGAGCUUGAAAGUUCUCUGGCAGAUGCACUCAGCGACCGCGACCAGACCGCGAGCGCCCUUGCUGACGCCCAGACCAAGCUCGACCAGGUUUCGGCGCAGGUGUCGGCACUAGAGGCAGCCAACGACCAGCUUCGCAACGAGAGCGAGCACUUCCGGUCGAAUGCUCGCUCCGAGUACUCAGACCUUACCGGCAAACUCGCCGAUGCCGAGGCAAAGAGCAAGCGGUUCGAGACCGAGUUGAUUGAGACCGACGCCCGUCUUGCCGACGCCCGCAAGCAGCUCGCCAAUACCCGCGCCGAGCUUGACAUUGUUACUGCGCGCGCUGGUGCUCUCGUCGCGCAGGAAGACGGAGCAGAGGCUACCCUGCGCCACAAGUUGGCAGCAUGUGAGACCGAGUUGGCAGACUCGAGGGCUGUUAUUGAGAGGAUGAAGCACGAGAUAUCUACAACAGCUGCGGAAGCAAGCAGCAGCGCUCCCAUGGCGGUGGAAAUGCGUGAUGAGCAGCAGGGUGCAGCGGCCGACACCGAGUCGACGGCCGCGCGCAAGCUUGCAAACCUCGAGGCUGAGCUGGCCCAGGCCAAGACGGCAGCGAUCAACGCCGAGUCGACGGCCGCGCGCAAACUCGCAGACCUCGAGACCGAGCUGCAACGUACUCGCGACGCCGCAGAGGCGCAGGCUGCUGCUGCAAACUCGGCCACCAUUGCCCGACUGGCAAGGCUUGAGCAGCGCCUUGCAGCCUCAGAGACUGUGCCUCAGGCAUCACUCGGCGUGGAGGAUCUUGCUGUCUCGCGAGGACCGACAUUGGCGACACCUUCGACUCCGCCGUCGCACGUUCACCACUACGACAGCGACCGCCUUGACGCGCUGCAGUCACGACUGGCGACGCUGACACCGAUGCGUGACACCGCACCUGACGCCGCAAUUGAUCACAUCGAAGCCCACCUGGAUGCCAUCAAUCGUUCGCGAGACAAGCUGCAGGCCAACCUGGACGCAUCGCAGGCGGAGAUUGCGUCGCUGCGCCAGCUGCUCAACGCAUCGCAGCAAGAGACCGAGACAGCCCGUAUCGAUGCUUCCCGCGCUCGCGCCGAGACCGCCGAAGCCCGCGCAGUCCUCGAUGCCAAUGUCAAGCGCUCUGCUGCCUCUGACGCCCAGCGCAAGGCCGCGUCGCUCGAGCGCCUGCGUGCCCGCCGGGCCGAGCGCGACAACGAAAUCAAGCGCAUGCGCGACGAGAUUCGCGAGGCUGCCACCCACAUGGCCGAGCUCGGUGAUGCUUCCGAGGCUACUGCCAUCGAGCACCACGCUAUGGCGCUGCACAUCGCCGACCUAGAGGCCGCGCUCAAGAAAGCCGGCGAAGAUAAGUCCAAGCUCACAGCCCGCAUCAACGAGCUUGUCGAGGAGCGCCAGAAGCUCGCCUCGCGCGCCGCACAGCUUGAAGCCUCUAUCCAAGACUUGCAGAGCGAACUGGCGUCUGCUCAGACGUCAGAGUCGCUUCGCACAGCCGAGAUCGAGCGCUUGGGCGAGCAGAUUGCCAGUCUGCGUGCCGACCAGCGCAAGGCAUCGGCGGACAAGGCAUCUGCUGAUCGCGAUGCGCUGCGGGUCGAACUGGCAGCCGCUGUGGAGCACAAGACGCGUGCCGACGCCGCUGAGCGCCACGUCAAUGAUCUUACUGUGGAUCUCUCCCGACAGGAGCGCGCAGCAGCCGCGGCCGCCGCAGACACUGCUGCGGCCACCAAGGCGCUUGAAUAUUCCAACGCCCGUCUCCAGGCCGCUCUCGAAGAGCUUCAGAGUGAGAGCAAGGCUAACAUUGGGGCGCUACGUAGCGAGUGCGUCGAGCUCAAGUCUCAGCUUGACGAGGCACAAGCCGAAAUUGCGCGUCGCGACGCUCACGUUGCCGAUCUCGUCACCACCCAGAGCGAGACGGCCUCAUCCGAACGUCUUGUGGCCGAACUCAAGGACCAGAUCGUAGCGCUUCGUGACCGUCUGGAAACCGCAAAAGCAGAGACUGCUGCUGUCCAGGACGAGCUGGACAGUGCUGCUGUUGCAUCGGCGUCCCGCGAGGCAGAGCUUCACAGGAGUCUCUCUGCUGUUGAGGCCACCAGGGCUAACGACGAGUCGGCCCUUGUCGCCUCCCUCCGCACUGACGCCUCGCGUGUUGCCCGCGAGCGCGAUGACGCGCGAGCCCAGACUGCCGAAGCUGAGCGAAGCUUGCGUGCAACGGCAGCCAAGCUAGUGGUUGCGGUACAAGACCUGGAAGAGGCGAAGGCCGCGCUAGCGUCGGUGCAGGCAGAUUUGCGCGAAGCUAACGAAGCGCGAGCUGCUAACGAAGCGAUGUUCGACGAUACCCAGAGCAAGCUGAUGGCUAUCGAGGGCGAGCUGGAGCGUACGCGCCAUGACGUUGAAGACGCGCGGGCGGAGGCCGAUGAAACGCGUGCCGAGCUUCGGACUGCACGAACCGAGAUUGCGCGGCUCGGUUCGGAUGUGGAGCGUAGCAGUGCUGUCGCUGCUCGCGCCGAGCGGCGUGUCUCGGCUGCAGAAAAGCGCCUGGAAGCCGCAACUGCCGCUCGCACCCGCCUUGAAGAUGAAGUGCGCAAAGCUCGCGGCGAGGCCAAGCGCGCACGUGAGCGCGAAGACCUUUCUGCCUCGCAGCUCGAGCACGGUCUUCAGGCCGAGUACGCCAUCGUGUGUGCCGAGCGCGAUACACUCACCGAUGAGGUUACCGAGCUGUCGGGGCGGCUUGCAGUAGCUGAGGCCAAGGCUUUCGACCAGGCCGCGUCCUUUAUGGAGGGCUCUGAGUCGAACGAGGCACUGCACGAAAAGCUUGCCGCAGCCAACGCCCACAUCGCGUCGGCCGAAGCCGCACGCCAGCAGCUGGAAGGCGAGGUCUUCCGCAGUGGCGCUGCUCUCCGCGACAUCGAGGACGAAAUGCGUGCACUCGAGCUCAGCCAAACAGAAGCGCACCGCGACCGCAACGAAGCUUUGGCGAAGAUGGCCCAAAUGGAGCGCCAACGCGAGCUGUCUAUGGCGCGGACCGCUGAUCUCCGCAACCAAAUCGAGGCAUCGCGCGCGGAGGCAUCGGGCGAGAAGACCAAGGCCGUCAAGCUUGGGAUGCAGGUGGCGAGUCUCGAGAAGAAAGUAGCCAUGCUCACUGCCGAACUAGAGCGCUCGCGUGCUAUGUAUCAAGGGCUGGUGGAUGAUGACAUCGAGGAGCUGAACGCAUCGAUUGCCAGCCAGCGUGCGCGGGACGAACUUGCGGAUGUGGCCCGCGAGCGGGAUGAGGCGCGAGGCCAGCUUGCUGCGGUCGAGGCUGAUCAUGGUUUGCUACGUCAUUCGCUUCGUGAGCUGCGCGACGAGCACCAGCGAGUGCUCAGCGAGCUCGCAGCCGAGCGAGGACGCGCCGAAGUCGCCGAGCGCGAGCUCGAUGGCGUCAGGGUAGCCAGCUCAGUGGCCACGAGCGAACUCGAGCGGGCGGGGGCACGUGUUGAUAACCUUGAGCAUCAAGUUGUGGCUACAGAGCGCGCUCUAGCUAUCGAGCAGACGCGCUCGCGUGCGUUGCAGGAGACAGUGGAGCGGUGCAGGGCAUCACUUGAUGACCUCCGUGGACGACUGGCCAGCGCCGAUGCCGAAGUAGCGCGCUUGCGCGCGGAGCAGAGCCAGUCGACGAUCGUGCCGACACCUGCGGACGUGACCAAGUUGGCCGACGAGCUCGCCAAGUGUCGCAUGGAUCACACAAUGGCUGUUCGCGAGCGUGAUGCCGGUCGCGAAGAGAUCGAGCGUCUCCGACUUCAGCUUGCGGAGCUGACUCGCCAGCUGGUCGAGAGUCUGGCGGCGACCAGAAACGCGACAGUAGCGAGCCGCCCAAUCGCGACCGGGAAUGCCAACUUGACCGCUACUCAGGACGCUCUUGUUGAGCAGCUAGUUGAGGCCAAGACAGCCAAGCUGGCGGCCGAGUCAGAUGCUGCUGCAGCUGCUGGCGAGGUGCGAGAGUUGAAGAAGCAGCUGCACGAGGCCGGAGCCAAGGUGGAGCGGAUCUCUGAGUUGGAGACCGCACUCGCGAUGGCGCUGUCCGAGUGCGACGCCGCAAUGGACCAGGUGGAAGAGAGUUCGAUUGCAGAGCUACGGGCUCAACUGGCGACCACAGAUGCCGCGCGAGUUCGCGCCGUGAGCGAUGCUGCUGCUGCAUCCAACGAUCUAGCAGCGGUCCGCAAGCAGCUGGCAGAUGCGGCUGCCAACGAGAGUUUUGCGACGGCUGCUUCUCUCACAGAGCUUCGUAAUGCACUGAGCAUCGCCGAGACAGAUCGCGACAAGGCCGAGCAAGAACUGGCCAUGCUCCGCAAGGAGAACGAAAGCGAGUCCGACGGCACCGUGUCAGUACAGGAUCUGGUCGAUGUGCAGAAGCAGCUUGCAGCCGCGCGCGCUGAGGUGGAGAGCACACAGGCUGCUGCCAGCCGUGAGCUUGCUGAUCUGCGACAGCAACUUGCCGACGUUACUGCCGCCAAAGCACAGGCAGAUGACAAGACUGCCUCGGCGACGACUGAGCUCACUGCGCUUCGCGAAGAGCUUCAAAAGGCUGUGGCCACCAGUAGCGCGACAGCGUCCGAUACCGCGGGUUUGGUGCAGCAACUUGUAGAGGCCAAGGCGGCAAGGAUGGCGGCUGAGACCGAAGUGGCGGCCGCGACAGGUGAGCUUGACAAGGUCCGCAAUAGUUUGCGCGAGACAACCGCUCGAGCCGACGCGCUCGACGCACAACUUGCGGAAGCGAAGGCCUCUCAGGAUGCUCACAGGGCGGCCGAGGUUGCUGCACUCAUGGAGCAACUGAUGGAAGCAAAGGCGGCCAAGAUGGCUGCCGAGACCGGAUGCUCAAGCGCAGUUGGAGAGCUGGAGAGCAUGCGGGGCGCUUUCGCGACAAUGCAAGAGAGCCGUGACUCCCUUGCUACCGAAGUGGAUGCGUUGCGCGCGAGCCUGGAGAAAGCCAAGGCCGACAAGAAGCUUGGCAGUCGAGCCAAGACCGAGGCGCGCAAGCUGCGUCGUCAGCUGCGAAGCGCCGUCGAGAACGUCGAAGAGCUCACCAGCCGUGUCCAUGAGCUCGAAGCACUGCUCGAAGAGAGCCAACUUGACAAGAGUCUGGCGCCUGAAGAUGCGGGAGUCAUGACUGCGGCCAAUGAGACCCGAGUGGAUGCCGAGGCCGAGAAGGCAGCGAUGCAGGUCGUACUUGAUUCGAAAGAUUCACAGAUCCUGGAGCUUGAGGCCGAAGUAGCAACGCUGAAGGCUGUGGCGGAGGAGAAAGGCACAGCCCUGCAGGAUGCAGUGGUCGAGAAAGCGUCGAUGCUUGCCGUGCGUGAAGAGCUUGAAGCCGAUAAGUCAGCUGUACAGGAGGCGCUGGCGGAGCUCGAGACCAGAAAGGCGACGUUGGAGGCGGCACUGGAGGAGAAAGAGGCAGCGGUACAGGAGCUGGCUGUGGAGCGAGAUGCAGCAGCUGCGGCGCGAGAUGCAGCGCUAGAGAAUCACGUCGAUGACGCGCGCGGCACGUAUCAGCUCGUGGCUGCGCGCGCUGCACAAGCGGCUGCCGAGUCGAGGAACAACGCCAACGAGUCGGAGCUCGAGACCAUGCGGCAGAAGCUCGAAGGCGCCGGUACGCUUACAAAUUCACUGCGAGAGGAGGUGUCCGCAUUGGAGACAUCGCUCGAGAGUGUUCGUGCUGAUUGCGAUGCACAGAGAGCCGAGAACUCUGCGUUGAAGGCGCGUGUCGCCGAGCUGGAGAGCGAGCUGGCGAUGUCGCGAGCGCUUUUGGACGAGGCCAACGAGGCUCGGAAGCGAGGCGAGACUUUGGUGCAACUGGCCAUGAUGCAAAAUCUCGUUUCGAGCCGGAGUGACUCUGGCUCCGACCUUCAGCUAGACAACGAGGUCGACAAGCUGCGGCGAGAGCUGCUCACGCCGACGACGAGCUCGGACGUGCUCUUUGCAGCAGCAAGUGACGCUGACAGCGAGAGCGCCGCGGCGAGUGUGCCAGAUGUCCCCGAGGCUGACAUGCGAGUGCAGGAGCUGGAGGACGAGCUGAUGCGGACCCGUGGCGAGCGCGACGAGGCGAUGGCUGCGAUGCAUUCAGAGGGCAUCGACACAUCGCUUGUGGAUAUGAUGCAGCGAGUGGUUGCCGCCGAGAGUGACGCGGCUGCCGCGGCUGCUGAAGUCGAGCACUUGCGGGCACAGGUUGCCGACCUCAGUGCCAAGCUAGUGACGUCGAGCGCGACGGCGAUGGCCGAAGCGGAAGCGGAAGCGAUCCGGCCUGGUCCACAAGUGAUGGAGCUCGGGACGCACGUGGCUCAGCUUGAGCGCGACCUGGCGCGUGCUCGGUCGGAGCGUGACCGAGCGCUCAAGGACAAAAUGGCGCUGUUGCAAGGACGCGGGAGUGACGAGGCGAUGGCCGAGCUUCAGGUGAUGCAACAGCUUGUGGAGGCCAAGACAGCCAAGUUGGCCGCCGAGAGCGAUGCGGCCGCGGCUGCGGCCGAGGUCGAGCAGCUGAGGAGCCAGCUGCUGUCGGAAGGCGCCUCAGCCGAUGAGCUGAAUCAGCGCGUGGAAGAGCUGGAGCGGAAGCUUGAGCGUAAGGUUGCUGAGACACGGGCCGAGCUGGACGCUGUGUUCCGCAGCAUGGAGGAGGAGGGUGCGAGUAGUGCCGAUCUAGCGGUGAUGCAGCAACUGGUGGAUGCUCGCUCGGCCAAGAUGGCCGCCGAGUCGGAUGCGGCGGCGGCGGCGGCAAUGGUGGAGCGGCUGCACAGCAAGCUGCUCUCAGCGGGCGAGAGCACGCAUGAGCUGAGUGGUCGCGUGCAGGAGCUCGAGAAUGCACUCGCCGAGGCGCGUGCGGAGCGCGAGGCCGCUGCUGAUCGCGAGGUCUUCCGUCUUCAGCAGCAGCUGCUUGAUGAAAAGCAGAGCGUUCGUGAGCUCCAAGAGCGAGUGUGGACACUCGAGCGCGAGACAGCGCUUGCGCAUGCUGCGAGCGAGGGCCGACGCGAAGACGAUAUCAUGCGCCAGCUUGUGGAAGCCAAGGCUUUUAAGCUGGAGGCCGAGAGCGAUGCGGCAGCCGCGGUGGCCGAGCUGGCACAUGUCCAGCGCGAACUGAAGGAGGCAACGCGACGAGCGGGUAGCCUGAAGUCGCGAGUCCGGGAGCUUGAAGGUGUUCUUGAUGCCAGGGACGCCGCGGAGAGUGUUGAGGAGAAGCGGCUUCGGAAGCAGCUUGUUUUUGCCGAAGCCAACGCAAAUGCGUUGAGCUCACGAGUGGCCUCUCUGGAGGGUGAGCGCGAGGCAGUAGCGGCGAGCGAAGGCGGCGAUGCUGAGACGCAGAGGUUGCGCAAUAAGCUGGAGGCGGCAUCUAAGAGCAACGACUUGCUCAGCGAGCGAGUGGAAGAGCUUGAGCGCGAACUGGACGAGGCACUGGCGGCCAAGGCUGAUGUUAUCGUCCGCGUUGACUCUGCGACCGACGAGUCACGUUCGGGUGAGAUGAUUCGCGAGUUGGAGGAGAAGCUUGCAGCUGCCGAGGCCGAGCUUGCUGUGGUCCGGGAGAGUGUUAGAAGUGCAGCGUCGGAUGCAUCGCAGCGGGAUCUGAUGCAGCAGCUUGUGGAGGCCAAGUCGGCGAAGCUAGCUGCCGAGAGCGAUGCCGCAGCCGCGACGGCCGAGGUGGGCAAGCUGCGCAAGCGGCUUGGGGCGGCUGUCGAAGCGGCCGAGGAGCGGGAGAUGGGUCUCGAGGCUGCAUUGAGAACGAAGGACGAGGCUGUGGUCAGGCUUGAGACCGAGAAGGAGGUGCUUGGGCGGCGGAUUGCGGCUGUAGAUGAGCAGGCUGCUGACACUGCGACAAGCGCAGCACGUGUGGCCGAGCUGGAAGCCGAGGUGACGGCCAAGGACGAGGCUGUGGUCAGGCUUGAGGCCGAGAAGGAGGUUCUCGAGCGGCGGAUUGCGGCUGUAGAUGAGCAGGCUGCUGACGCUGCGACAAGCGCAGCACGUGUGGCCGAGCUGGAAGCCGAGGUGACGGCCAAGGACGAGGCUGUGGUCAGGCUUGAGGCCGAGAAGGAGGUGCUUGAGCGGCGGAUUGCGGCUGCAGAUGAGCAGGCUGCCGACGCUACGACCAGUGCAGCACGUGUGGCCGAGCUGGAAGCCGAGGUGACGGCCAAGGACGAGGCUGUGGUCAGGCUUGAGGUCGAGAAGGAGGUUCUCGAGCGGCGGAUUGCGGCUGUAGAUGAGCAGGCUGCUGACGCUGCGACCAGCGCAGCACGUGUGGCCGAGCUGGAAGCCGAGGUGACGGCCAAGAACGAGGCUGUGGUCAGGCUUGAGGCCGAGAAGGAGGUUCUCGAGCGGCGGAUUGCGGCUGCAGAUGAGCAGGCUGCCGACGCUGUGACCAGCGCAGCACGUGUGGCCGAGCUGGAAGCCGAGGUGACGGCCAAGGACGAGGCUGUGGUCAGGCUUGAGGCCGAGAAGGAGGUUCUCGAGCGGCGGAUUGCGGCUGUAGAUGAGCAGGCUGCUGACGCUGCGACCAGCGCAGCACGUGUGGCCGAGCUGGAAGCCGAGGUGACGGCCAAGGACGAGGCUGUGGCCGAGAAGGAGGUGCUUGAGCGGCGGAUUGCGGCUGUAGAUGAGCAGGCUACCGACACUGCGACAAGCGCAGCACGUGUGGCCGAGCUGGAAGCCGAGGUGACGGCCAAGGACGAGGCUGUGGUCAGGCUUGAGGCCGAGAAGGAGGUGCUUGAGCGGCGGAUUGCGGCUGUAGAUGAGCAGGCUACCGACACUGCGACAAGCGCAGCACGUGUGGCCGAGCUGGAAGCCGAGGUGACGGCCAAGGACGAGGCUGUGGUCAGGCUUGAGGCCGAGAAGGAGGUGCUUGAGCGGCGGAUUGCGGCUGCAGAUGAGCAGGCUGCUGACGCUGCGACCAGCGCAGCACGUGUGGCCGAGCUGGAAGCCGAGGUGACGGCCAAGGACGAGGCUGUGGUCAGGCUUGAGGCCGAGAAGGAGGUUCUCGAGAGGCGGAUUGCGGCUGCAGAUGAGCAGGCUACCAACACUGCGACCAGCGCAGCACGUGUGGCCGAGCUGGAAGCCGAGGUGACGGCCAAGGACGAGGCUGUGGUCAGGCUUGAGGCCGAGAAGGAGGUUCUCGAGCGGCGGAUUGCGGCUGCAGAUGAGCAGGCUGCCGACGCUGCGACCAGCGCAGCACGUGUGGCCGAGCUGGAAGCCGAGGUGACGGCCAAGGACGAGGCUGUGGUCAGGCUUGAGGCCGAGAAGGAGGUGCUCGAGCAAAAUUUGGCAGGAGUCGAAGGGCAGCUGCAGGCUUGCAGCGUGACCAGCAAGCGGGCCGAGGCUGAGCGCCAGGUGCUCGUCAAACAGCUGGAGAUAGCCGAGCGUGAGCUGGAGGAUGCUGGGACACUGGAUUGUGAACAGCUGAAAGCGCAGCUCAACAGCACGGAAGCACGUCUGGAGGAGGCCGCACAGACUGUGGCUCGUCUGGAGGUGGAGAACCAGGUCCUGAAGCGCCAGGCAUCUGCCGCUGAUGAGCUUGCCAGUCGCGUAGCUGUUCUGGAGCGUGAGCUGAAGGCGACGAAGAAGUUGUCAUCCAAGUCAACCGAGAGUGCAACGGAUGGGCUCACAGACAAGCUUGCUGCUGUUGAGCUCCAGCUCGCCAAGGCAGAGCGUGAUCUUUCAUCGCGCCCCACCCUGGACUAUGUUGCUGAAUUGGAGACUGAGCUGGCAGCCGCAAAGGCACUUCUGGCUGCUGCUGCUGAGGCCGAAGCGCAAGGCGAGCUCCGCCAUUUGCGCGACAUGCUGGACACGCUUGAGACUGCUUCCCACCAAGGCACCAACUCACACCAAGUCGCAGAAGGUGUGUAUCACGGGCAUGCUGAGCUGGCAGAAGUUGCCUCUGCUACACGGAUGGUUCUUCCUACAACUGCCGCGGCGGACACGAUUGAGCCAGAGCUUGCACGUGUGCAGGCUCUUCUUGCAGAGCUUGGUGACGAAGUGCCAGUGGCAGAGACAAUGGAGGCCUUUGUCUCUCUGGCAGGGCGGCUGGCUGACUCGAUGUCGUCUUUGGCCGACGUUAUGGGCGAGCGCGACACUGCUAUGGGCGAGGUGGAUCGUCUACGCCUGUUGCUUGACGCAAGCCGGAGCGAGGCUGCACUCUCUCAGGUUGGUAGUACCGAUGCUGUUGGCACCACCAACUCUUCGGAGUCGUUUACUGGUGGUGAAACCGUGGUCGAAAUGGAGCUUUCUGCCAGUCGUGCUGCGCAUGCGCGCGCCGAAGCAACUGUUCGUCGGCUGCAGGCUGAGCUUGAGGAGGCACUCGCUGCUGUGGGUGCGUCGAGUGAGGACAUGCUGAAGCGGAUCCAGCGGCUCGCCCGCGAUCGUGCUGAAGCAGCCAGCGAGGCCGAUGCGCUGCGAAGCGUGGGAGAGGCGCUGCGGCGCAAGGUGGCUGCUAACGAGAUGCAGCGACAGGCAAUUCUUGUCGAACUUGCAGCAGCACAGACAGCGCUGCUGGAUGCCCGUGGAGCCAUUGCCGAGAGGACGUGCGAGGGUGCAGCUGCAGAGAUUGAGACGUUGCGGUCAGAGCUUGCGCGAGCGGGGGCUGCGCUCAAGGUCUCACAAGUUGGCCUGGUUGCGGUCGAAGAUGAGCGUGAUGAGCUGGUUGCACGAUGUGCCGCGGCUGCUGCUGAGCGUAAGAUUCUGCUGGAACGGGCUGAGAGUGCUGAGCUCGCCUGCGACGAGCUCGAGGCGAGAUGCCAGGAGUUGGAGCGGGAUCACGACGAUCUGGAAAGCAAGGUGGAUGAGCUUGAAGUCGAUCGCGACGAGCUUCUUGCCGGUCAGGCGGAGCUUUCGUCGAAGAUUGAGGCGAUUGAGAUGGAGCGUGAUGUCGAUUCUGCCAGUUUGACACAAGCUCUGGUGGACGCCCGAGCCGACGUGGCGCGCCUCGAGAGUGUCGCUGCAGAGAGCGAAGAGAAACUGCGGCAGUGCGAGGAUGAGCUGACGUCAGUUCGCGAGCAGCUUGAUACCGAAGCCGACGGACUGCGUGAGCAGCUCGAAGCUGCCACUACCGAGCGCGACCUUGCUCGUGCUGAUGCCGAUGGGCUGCGUACCGAACUCGAUACUCUCCGCGAACAGCUCGAUGUACUUCGCGAGCAGCUCGAUGCUGCCGCCACCGAGCGCGAUGCUGCCCGUGCUGAUGCCGACGGAUUGCGUGAUCUGCUCGAGUCUGCUACCACCGAGCGCGACCUUGCUCGUGCUGAUGCCGAUGGGCUGCGUACCGAACUCGAUACUCUCCGCGAACAGCUCGAUGUACUUCGCGAGCAGCUCGAUGCUGCCGCCACCGAGCGCGAUGCUGCCCGUGCUGAUGCCGACGGAUUGCGUGAUCUGCUCGAGUCUGCUACCACCGAGCGCGACCUUGCUCGUGCUGAUGCCGAUGGGCUGCGUACCGAACUCGAUGCUCUCCGCGAACAGCUCGGUGCUGACACUGACGGACUGCGUGAGCAGCUCGAAGCUGCCACUACCGAGCGCGACCUUGCUCGUGCUGAUGCCGAUGGGCUGCGUACCGAACUCGAUGCUCUCCGCGAGCAGAUCGGUGCUGACACUGACGGACUGCGCGAGCAGCUCGAAGCUGCUGUCACCGAGCGCGAUGCUGCUUGUGCUGAUGCCGAUGGGCUGCGUACCGAACUUGAUGCUCUCCGCGAGCAGAUCGGUGCUGACACUGACGGACUGCGCGAGCAGCUCGAAGCUGCUGUCACCGAGCGCGAUGCUGCUUGUGCUGAUGCCGAUGGGCUGAGGACUGAGAUUGAUGCACUUCGCGAGCAGCUUCAAGCUGCCACUACCGAGCGCGACCUUGCUCGUGCUGAUGCCGAUGGGCUGCCUGCCACUACCGAGCGCGACCUUGCUCGUGCUGAUGCCGAUGGGCUGCGUACUGAACUCGAUACUCUCCGCGAACAGCUCGAUGUACUUCGCGAGCAGCUCGAUGCUGCCGCCACCAAGGGCGAUGCUGCUCGUGCUGAUGCCGAUGGGCUGCGUACCGAACUCGAUACUCUCCGCGAACAGCUCGAUGUACUUCGCGAGCAGCUCGAUGCUGCCGCCACCAAGCGCGAUGCUGCUCGUGCUGAUGCCGAUGGGCUGCGUACCGAACUCGAUACUCUCCGCGAACAGCUCGGUGCUGACACUGACGGACUGCGCGAGCAGCUCGAAGCUGCUGUCACCGAGCGCGAUGCUGCUUGUGCUGAUGCCGAUGGGCUGAGGACUGAGAUUGAUGCACUUCGCGAGCAGCUUCAAGCUGCCACUACCGAGCGCGACCUUGCCCGUGCCGAUGCCGAUGGGCUGCGUACUGAACUCGAUACUCUCCGCGAACAGCUCGAUGCUGACACUGACGGACUGCGUGAGCAGCUCGAAGCUGCCACUACCGAGCGCGACCUUGCUCGUGCUGAUGCCGAUGGGCUGCGUACCGAACUUGAUGCUCUCCGCGAGCAGAUCGGUGCUGACACUGACGGACUGCGUGAGCAGCUCGAAGCUGCCACUACCGAGCGCGACCUUGCUCGUGCUGAUGCCGAUGGGCUGCGUACCGAACUCGAUGCUCUCCGCGAGCAGAUCGGUGCUGACACUGACGGACUGCGUGAGCAGCUCGAAGCUGCCACUACCGAGCGCGACCUUGCUCGUGCUGACGCCAACGCACUCCGCAACCAAGUUGAGACUACAACCUCUGAGCGUGACAUUGCUCGCGCGGGCGCUGAUGCCGUUCAAAUCAGGCUCGAGGCUCUUGAAGCCGAGACUGCCGACACUUACGAGCAACUCGACUCGCUCCAAAGCCAGCUUGCUGCUGCCUCGGCUGAGCGUGACGCCGCCCGCACCGACGUACGCGACCUCCAUUUGGAGCUCGAUGCGUUCCGUGGCCAACUCGACGUGCUUCGCGACGAGCUGGUUGAGGACGCCGACGCCUUGCGCGAUCAGCUUGCAGCUGCUUCUGUCGAGCGUGACGAGGCCGUCGCCGAACUCGCCGCGCUCCGCGCCGCGCUCGCAGAUACCUCUGGGGUCGAGUCGACGCUCCGCCAGCUGCUUGACACCAAGGCCGAGCGUGAUCUUGCUGUGGCCGAUGCUGCGGCGCUCCGUGCUGCGCUUGAUGCCCGGACCACGGAAGGUUCCACUGUCGAGACGACCGUCGAAAAACUUCUAGAAGCUCGUGCCGAGGCUGCAUCGCUCCGCACUCGUGUUGCUGAGCUCGAGACGGAGCUUGCCGAUUCUGUGGCGGCACUCACUGUCUGCAACUCGGAGCGCGUUCUCCUCCGCCAGGAUGUCGACAAGCUUACCGCUGAGCACUCGUCGCUAACCAACGCCACGACCUCGCUCACCCGCGAGCUGCUCUCCCCGGAGCGCGUCUCGCGCGAUGAGGUUGAACGUGCUGUUGCAUCUGCCGAGGCCCGCGCCGCGGAUCUUCAGAGCCGGCUCGACGCUCUUAUUGAUGCAAACAUGGACCUUGAGUCGGAGCUUUCUGCCGCCAAAAAGGCUGCCGCUGCUGCUGCCAAGUCGCGCGACAAGCGUCUCUCCGAGCUGCAGACCGAGCUUGAGCGCGAGCGCGAGCGUGCUGCGCUCCUCACCUCGUCCAAGGAGCUUCUGACCAGCCAGCUGGCCGACGUACAGGAGACGCUAGCGACGUCUGAAGGCGCCAACGAGGAUCUCAGCAGCGAGCUCGACAACCUGCGCGCCUCCUACAACGAGCUCCUGUCGCAGCGAAACGAGCUGCUUGACACCGUUCUUCCGUCGACGCUGCAGUCGUCGCACCUCAUCUCCGACACCGAAGUCUUGUUCGAACAGAUCGUAGAGCAGGAGCUGCGCAAGCGCAUCGCCGACCUGGAGGAAGAGCUGUACGCGUCAGGGAAGGAGGAUGUGGUCCAUUGGGAUGUGCUCGAGCGCGAGCGCAUGCGCAACGAGUUGAGUCUGGCUCAGGCCGAGUCGCGCCAGCUCCAGGCCCAGCUCGAUGCCCUCAUCGAGAUGCAGUCUGCCGUUCCAAGCCUGGCCGACGCACCGGACACUCCGCUCCGCCGCGAGCGGCCAGUGUCAGCGCCGAGCGCAACGCCUCAAACCGAGUCGAGCAUUGACUCGCGAGCCCUGGUUGUGUACUCGACCGAGACGCCGUCGUCGAUGUCGACCGUUCCGCACCGCAGGGUCUCAUCGCUUGCAUCUAUGGGCUCGUAUGCUUCACCGCCGCCGCGCACUGACAUGUACAUGCGCGGCCGCUACGCCUCACCGAUGCCGCCAUACCUUGCCACGCCGCCAUUCUUUGCGUCGCCACCGCCAAUUCCGUCGCGGGCAACCGUUGACGACGAAUCGUCGCUCUCGACCUCACUCUCGACCUCGCUCUCGACUUCAGAGGAGCCGAUCCGCCGCUCGGCCCGCAAGACCAGCGGAUCGAAGCGCCGGUCGCGCCCGUCGACGCCACCCAAGGCCCGCUCCCGCUCGCGCGCCUCAUCGACGUCAAAGUCAAAGUCGUCGUCGUCGUCCCGGACCAAGACCGGAAAGACCAAGACUGAGACCAAGUAUAUUGCCGUCCCGGUUGCCGUUCCGGUCCCGGUCUCCUCGCCUGUCCGCUACAUCGUGCCAUCAACGCGGUCUAACAUCGGCCCCAACCUCUCGUCGCCGCUCCGUGGCCCGGGCCCACGCCACAGCUCACAUCAGCACCGCGGCUGAGAAGUAGAUUUUAAAGCUGAAGGAAAGCC